GUGACGUACGAGCGCGCCGCGCGGCGUGGACCGAGGACGGUGCGGGACGCGUGGAGGUCAGCGGCGAUGCUGACGGGGGCCGCGGGGGCCCUGAGGUUACUUGCCGGGAGUGUCGCCUCCCUGCCGCCCCGGCCGUCAUGGCAGCUCGCCUGGUGAAGCGGUGCACGUGCCUCCUGAGGGAGGCCGCCCGCCUGGCCCCCGCGGGCCCUCCCGCCGGCCGGCUGCGGCUGGCCAGGGCAGCCCGCAGGACUCUGACCUCCUCAGCCGCCUCGCCCAGUUCCCAGGUCCCGGGCGCCCUGUCCCAGCACGCGGAGAAGGAGCAGGCGUUCACCCCCCGCCCAGAGCGCCAGGAGGUGGACGAGCUCAUCGAGAAGGCCACUCGGCCGGAGGAGCUCCUGGGGCUGCUCACGGGCGGCCACCACCUGCACCAGAACCACGCGGCCCUCGCGCUCAUCCAGCUCUCCCGCCUGCUGUCCGAGAAGCCGGAGGACAAAGCCUCGCUCAUGGAGGACGCGCGCUUUCAGCAGCUCCUCCAUCUCGUCAACAGUCAGAUAGCCGCGGUCUGGCACGGGACCCUCGUGAAGCUGCUCCGGAGCCUCUACGCUCUGGAGCUGCCAGCCGCCUCCAAGGAGCUGCCGUCGGUGGAGCAGGAGGUGCGCUGGCGCCUGCGCAGGCUCAGGUACAAGCACCUGGCCUUCCUGGCCGAGACCAGCGCCGCCCACAUGCAGGAGCGGGGCUCCCAGGAGCUGCUGGCGGAGCUGCUGGUGCACCUGGAGCGGCGCUGGGCGGAAAUCGAGGACAGCCGCACACUGGUAGCCAUCAUGACGAAGACAGGGCACCUCUCGGAGUCGCUGAUGACCCGCCUGGAGGACAAGUGCCUGGAGCUGGUGGAGCAGUUCGGCCCUGACGAGCUGCGGAAGGUGCUGGUGGCGCUGGCGGCGCAGAACCGGCGGUCGGUGCCCCUGCUGCGGGCCAUCUCAUACCACCUGGUGCAGAAGCCCUUCCCCCUGAGCAAAGGCGCCCUCCUGGACGUGGCCUACGCCUACGGCAAACUCGGCUUCCACCAGACGCAGGUGUUCCAGCGCCUGGCCGCCGACCUGCUGCCGCACACGCCCAGCCUCGCGUCGGGCGAGGUGGCCCGUUGCGCCAAGUCCUUUGCCUUCCUCAAGUGGCUCAACCUGCCCCUGUUUGAGGCCUUUGCCCAGCACGUCGUGAGCAGAGCCCAGAGCAUCACUGUGCCGCACCUCUGCAACAUGCUCCUGGCCUUCGCGCGCCUGAACUUCCGUCCAGAACAAGAGGAGCCGUUCUUCAGCCUGGUGCACGAGAAGCUGGGGGGCCAGCUGGCGGACCUGGACCCAGCGCAGCAGGUGGACGUGCUGUGGGCCCUGUGCGUGCUGCAGCAGGCCCGCGAGGCCGAGCUGCGGGCCGUGCUCCGCCCCGAGUUCCACGCCCAGUUCCUAGAGGACAGGUCCCCGAAGGGCCACAGUACCUUCCUGAAGCUGCUCCACAUCAAUGCCACUGCCCAGCUGGAGCACCCCGAGUACACGGGCCCCCUGCUGCCAGCCUCCGCCGUGGUCCCCAGGCCCUCGGCCCCAGACAGGAAGGCCACACCCCUGCAGAAGGAGCUGCAGGGGGCCCUGAGGGGUCUGCUGGGGAGCGCAGACAGGGGCCUCUUCAUGGUGAACACGCAGUACGGCUGGGUUCUGGAUGCCGAGGUGCUGCUGGACGCCGACGGCCAGUUCCUGCCCCUGAAGGGCUUCGCGGCCCCUCAUCGGGCCCCGCCCUCGGAGGGCCAGCCGCUGCCCGCUGGCACCAAGAGGCUGGCCUUCCUGCGCUGGGAGUUCCCCAACUUCAACAGCCGGAGCAAGGACCUGCUGGGGCGUUUCGCGCUGGCCCGGCGCCACGUGCUGGCCGCUGGCUUCCUGGUGGUGGACGUCCCGUACUACGAGUGGCUGGAGCUCAAGUCUGAGUGGCAGAAGGGCGCCUACCUCAAGGACAAGAUCCGGAAGGCAGUGGCCAAGGAGCUGGCCAAGUGACCUGCCCCGUGCGGGCCAGGCCCCGGAGGCCUGGCUGUGGACCCCGGGCGGGCGAGGAGCCCCCGCCACGGACAGACCCAGCGCACAGCCUUGGCCACGGGGCUGGCCAGCAGCUCUGAGCGGCACGGGGCCUCCUGUGGGCAAUAAACCUUUCACUUUGGUGUUCAA